UGGCCUCAGACCUGAGGACCUCGAUACACCACCGGGUCAUCGUCAUCAUGUCUUGCCGGGUCGUAAUAAAAAUGCAGUGCACAUUUUGAAUAAAGUUAAAUCGUAUAGUUGGAUAUACUGUUACCUAGGUAAAAAAAAAUUGGGUUGCCAUCAGACCUUUUUUUGAUAGUUCGUGCAAACAAAUAACUUUGUUUUAAGUUGUGAGCAGUUUGUCUUAAACAUGGCUCCAACGAUUCAGACUCAAUCUCAACGAGAAGACGGCCACAGUAGGCCAUCCUCUCAUAGAACUGUCCCAGAGAGGUCAGGGGUGGUCUGUCGAGUGAAGUACUGCAACAGCCUGCCUGACAUCCCUUUUGACCCCAAAUUCAUCACAUAUCCAUUUGAUCAGCACAGAUUUGUACAGUAUAAAGCCACUUCUCUAGAGAAGCAACACAAGCAUGAGCUCCUGACUGAGCCAGACCUCGGGGUCACCAUUGAUCUCAUCAACCCAGACACCUACCGCAUAGACCCCAAUAUACUGUUGGAUCCCGCUGAUGAAAAACUAUUGGAAGAAGACAUCCAGGCUCCAUCCAGCUCCAAGAGGUCACAACAGCAUGCCAAAGUGGUCCCGUGGAUGAGAAAGACGGAAUAUAUUUCAACAGAGUUCAACAGAUACGGCGUUUCCAACGAGAAAGUGGAAGUCAAGAUCGGUGUGUCUGUCAAACAGCAGUUUACAGAAGAAGAAAUCUACAAGGACAGAGACAGCCAGAUUUCUGCUAUUGAGAAAACCUUUGAGGAUGCACAGAAAUCAAUUUCACAGCAUUACAGUAAACCCAGAGUUACUCCUGUGGAGGUUCUACCUGUGUUCCCCGACUUCAAGAUGUGGAUCAACCCAUGUGCUCAGGUUAUCUUUGACUCUGAUCCGGCACCUAAAGACAAAUCAGGACCAGCAGGAGUGGAAAUGAUGUCUCAGGCCAUGAUCAGAGGUAUGAUGGAUGAGGAGGGAAAUCAGUUUGUGGCCUACUUCCUGCCCCAUGAAGAAACCAUUCGCAAGCGCAAGAGAGACUGUGAUGAGGGGAUGGAUUAUAUGCCUGAGGAUCUGUAUGACUAUAAAAUAGCCAGGGAGUACAACUGGAAUGUCAAGAACAAAGCCAGCAAGGGCUAUGAAGAGAACUACUUCUUCAUCUUCAGAGAUGGAGAUGGUGUUUACUACAAUGAGCUGGAGACAAGGGUGCGUCUGAGCAAGAGGAGAGCCAAGGCUGGAGCACAGUCAACCACAAACGCUGUGCUGGUGUGUAAGCACAGAGACAUGAACGAGAAGGAACUCGAAGCCCAGGAAGCUCGUAAAGCUCAGCUGGAGAACCAUGAGCCAGAAGAUGAAGAGGAAGACAUGGAUAAGGACUUGCAGGACUCUGGUGAUGAGAAAGAGAAGGGCAGCGGCAGUGAGGCAGAGAACUCUGGUAGUGAAUCAGAGAGGGAAGAUGAAGAGCGUGAACAAAGGGGAGAGGAGGACGAAGAGGACGAGGACAGAGAGAAGCGGAGAAGGAAGGCCAGCGGCAGUGGAAGUGAGAGCGGCGAAGAGAGGACGAGAGAAAUGCGAGACGAGGAAGAGAUCUUCGGCAGUGACGACGACAGCGACGACAACGACGACAACGAGGAGACCGAGAACAUCAAGAACUCGGCCAGGAGCAGCGGAGAGGAGGGCAGUGGAAGCGAAGAUGACGGCGGGAACCGAGGAGGCAGCAGGAGUCGCAGUGCUUCUCCAGCACACAGCGACCGCAGCAGUGAGCACUCCGAGACCCAGGCUCACAGUGGAAGUGGAAGCGAGAGAGCCUCAGAUUCCAGUGACGCCAGUGACAGUGAAUAAGAUCUGCGCUCCGGAAGACGGCAAGGUGACGGCCACCUUUUCUUACCUCUAUGUUCAGCUCCAAACAUGGCAGUGUUACCCUGUCACUGACCCUAAUGUUAGCUCAGUCUGGGGAUGUAGUUUCUUCUCAUUACAAAUGGAGAUGCUCGUUGGUUUUGGACUGAGGACAUCUCACUUAAAUCCAGUUUUUAAUUGUAGAUUUGUCAUGCACUUUUUGUCUGUCAGAUAUUCCAUACAGGAUCAUGUAAAAAUGUCUUUGUUCUCUCUGCUUUUGAUUUGCCAUUGGGUUUGUGGCUUUGAAAGUGAUAAUAAAAUGCAGGUGACAUUUUGUAAGAAA